AUGUUAUCUCUCUAUUUGGCCUUUCCACCCGCCUCCAGAAGCCUGGUAGAGGCUAAAGAGGGCCCUGAAACCGCGAAGACUGGCGGAAGACCAAAUUACCCGAACCACAUGUAGUAUGACCACUUCCAGUAUAGCUAGAUACAUAUGUAUUAUAGUACACUGUCUGCCUUGUGUGACACACAAGGUUUUGUCUGUCACCGUAUAACCGUGUCUUACAAAAUCACAAAAGCUGUAUACUACAGACCGGUUUCCAUGUUCUGUAAACUCAAUGCCAUACCAAUCGUGGCUUUGAGACGGUUUGUCGUUUGUCUUUAAUAUCUUGGUCGCCGCCACGCUGAGUUGCUGAUGCCGGUAAACUUGGAGCUAACACGCGUCGCACGCAAGUCAGGGCAGGUGGCGUGGACGAGAAUGGCGGCCACUAACCACGGAGGCGCGCCCUCGGAGACCACCGCCCGCCUCCGGGCCCUCGGGCUCUCCAGUACCACAGUCUAUGUACCUCCCGAUCAAGCGUACAUAAAGUACGACCAAACUAACGACUCAGGCCCUGAGUCCACCGUGAAGGAGAGAGUGAUCAGGAACUUGAAGAAAAGGUGCACGUGUAACAAGGCCAGGGCCAAGAAGUUUCUGUUCACGAUCCUGCCUAUCCUAGCAUGGCUGCCAAAAUACCGCAUCCGCGAGAACAUCGUGGGAGACGUCGUGUCGGGGAUCACUGUGGGCAUCAUGCGGAUUCCUCAAGGAAUGGCGUACGCCCUGUUGGCGUCUGUGCCGCCGAUUUUCGGCCUGUACUCGUCGUUCUUCCCCGGGCUUAUCUAUGCGAUCUUAGGAACCUCCAAGAACCUACCUUUUGGCACCAUGGCUGUGGUGAGUGUGAUGGUGGGCUCGUCAGUAGAACGGCUGGUCCCGGAGAGAACAGAGCUCCCGGCGGGCCUGUCUCUAAACGCGACCGGGUUCAACUCCACUGACGACUACCUCGCACAGCUGCAGAUAGAGGACAAGGUCGCGAUCAGCGCCACGCUAACACUCAUGGCGGGAAUCUUUCAGCUCGGCAUGGGUAUCCUCCGGCUGGGGUUCGUGACUAUCUACCUGUCGGACCCCCUGGUCAGCGGCUUCACGGUCGGAGCGGCCUUCCACGUGGUCGGAAGUCAGGUCAAGUACCUGCUGGGCCUGGACAUACCGCGGUACAGCGGACCGCUAUCACUGGUCUAUACGUUCAUUGCCGUGUUCAGCCGCAUCGUCCAGACCAACGUGGCCGCCCUCAUCACCUCCAUCAUUUGCAUAAUCGUGUUGCUUAUCGGGAAGGAAGUGAACCUGAGGUACAAGGACAAACUCCGCGGCAUCCCCAUCCCUACAGAACUCAUCGUGCUGAUCAUUGCAACGUUGAUAUCAUACUAUGCUGACCUGAAUGGAAACUACGGUGUGAAGAUCGUCGGUACGAUUCCCACAGGGCUUCCUGUUCCGAAGGCUCCAGACGUUUCCCAGUUGCUGUACGUCCUUCCCGACGCCAUCGUCCUGUCCAUCGUGUCGUUCGCCGUGUCCCUCACUCUGGCCAAGCUCUUCGCCAAGAAGUACGGCUACAGCAUCGACGACAAUCAGGAGCUGAUAGCGUACGGCGCCAGUAACCUGUUCUCCUCCUUCUUCUCGUGUUUCGUCGGCUCCACGUCCAUCUCCAGAACCUCCGUGGCUGACGCGGCCGGCAUGAAGAGUCAGUUGAUGACGUUUGUGUCUGCUGUGCUGUUGCUGAUGGUGUUGCUGUUCAUCGGACCGCUGUUCCAGCCGCUCCAACAGUGCGUGCUGGCGAGUAUAGUAGUGGUGAACCUGAAGAGCAUGUUCAGACUGUUCACCGAACUCAAACCGCUCUGGAAACUCAGCAAAGCCGACUGUAUGGUGUGGGUGGUGACGUGGCUUGCCGUGACGUUGCUGGGACUGGACAUCGGGCUGGGUGUGGGGGUGGGGUUCUCUCUCCUGACCGUGGUGCUGCGGACACAGCGCCCCUCCACCACCCUUCUGGGACAGGUCCACAACUGUGACAUCUACAGGGACCUGGGCAACAACCAGGUGAAGGAGAUCGACGGCAUGAAGAUCUUCCGUCUGAACAUGUCUCUCUGCUUCACCAACUGCGACGCCUUCAAGUCGGCCCUGUACAAGAAGACGGGUCUGGACCCGGUACGCGUGCUGGCCAGGCGGAGGAAGGAGGAGAAGGCCCGGAAACGGAGCGAGAAGAGCGGGCAGAUGGGCAACGGCGUGGCGAACCCUGGCGUGGAGGAGGACGAUACAGCUGUGGAGCAGAACGGCGGGCCUGUUAGCGUGAUUCACAAUGGCGAAGUCAAGAGAUCCCCUGACGUAACGACUAUAAUCCUGGACUGUGGACCAAUCAACUUCGUGGAUUCUGUUGGAAUGAACACGCUGAUACAGGUGUAUAAAGACUACAAGAGUAUCGGGGUCAGCUUUCUCCUGGCCCACGUAAAUCCUGAUAUCCGGGCACAAAUGCAGUCAUGUGACUAUUUUGAGAAGGUCGGAGGUCAGCGGCUGUUUGUGAGUGUACACGACGCUGUGUUGUUCACGGCGAACAAGGAUCUGUCGGCCCCAGAGAGCACAACUAGAAAUGAGGAUCUGUCUACAUCAGGGAGGACGACUCAAAAUGGAAACCUGGAGAUGGUGACCCAUGUUUGA